GCUGCCGCCGGCUGCUUCGGGGGGCCGGGCCUCUCCGAGCAGGGGCGAUCCCAGCCCUGCCCCGGCCGGCGGGGCCCUGGCCCUGCCGAGUGCGCUGAACACCGCGGCCAGGUGUCGUCAUCUCCUUUUUGAGGCUGAGUAAUAUUCCAUCGUACGGAGGGACCACGUUUUAUCUAUCCAUUCAUCUUCCGAUGGUUCCCCGGGCCGCUUCCACCUCUGGCCACUAUGAAUAACGCUGCCAUGAACGCAGGCACCCUGACAGAGGCCAGCACUUCACUCCAGCCCAUGGCAGCCCGCCACUGUCGGCUGUCAGCAGAGAAUGUGGACGUCGGCUGCUUCCUGGGGGUGUCGCUGUGAGCAGAGGUGAGCCCAGGCCAGAAUGGGGGACUCCAGAGACCUCUGCCCUCACCUUGACUCUAUAGGGGAGGUGACCAAAGACGACUUGCUGCUCAAAUCGAAGGCAACCUGUCAAUCGUGCGGUGUUGCUGGACCGAACCUGUGGGCUUGUCUCCAGGUUGCCUGCCCCUACGUUGGCUGUGGAGAAUCCUUCGCUGACCACAGCACCCUUCAUGCACAGGCUAAAAAGCACAACCUGACAGUGAACCUGACCACGUUCCGGGUGUGGUGUUACGCCUGCGAGAAGGAGGUGUUCCCGGAGCCGCGACUGGCGGCUCACCUGCCCGGCUCCUCGCACAAGUUCUUCGAGCAGGACUCCCCGCUGGCCUCCCACCCUCUGAAAGCCAUCCCCGUUGCCGUGGCUGACGAAGGAGAGUCUGACUCAGAGGACGAUGACCUGAAACCGCGAGGCCUCACGGGCAUGAAGAACCUCGGGAACUCCUGCUACAUGAACGCCGCCCUGCAGGCCCUGUCCAACUGCCCUCCGCUGACCCAGUUCUUCUUGGAGUGUGGAGGCCUAGUGCGCACAGACAAGAAGCCAGCCCUGUGCAAGAGUUACCAGAAGCUGGUUUCUGAGGUCUGGCACAGGAAACGCCCAAGCUGUGUGGUCCCCGCCAGCCUGUCCCAUGGGAUCAAGUUGGUCAACCCGAUGUUUCGAGGCUAUGCGCAGCAGGACACCCAGGAGUUCCUGCGCUGCUUGAUGGACCAGCUGCACGAGGAGCUCAAGGAGCCGGUGGUGAUGGCAGCGGCGACGCUGACGGAGGCUCGGGACUCAGACUCCAGCGACUCGGACGACAAGCGGGAGGGUGACCGGAGCCCAUCCGAGGACGAGUUCCUGUCCUGCGACUCGAGCAGCGACCGGGGCGAGGGCGACGGGCAGGGCCGUGGCGGGAGCAGCUCGCAGGCCGAGACGGAGCUGCUGAGCCCCGACGAGGCGGGCCGCGCCAUCUCCGAGAAGGAGCGGAGGAAGGACCGCAAGUUCUCCUGGGGCCAGCAGCGCACGAGCUCGGAGCAAGUGGACGAGGACGCCGACGUGGACACCGCCAUGGCCGCCCUCGUCCCCCAGCCCGCCGAGGCUCAGCCCCCGUCCCCGCGGUCCACCAGUCCCUGCCGGACGCCAGAGCCGGACAACGAGGCCCACAUGCGCAGCGCCUCUCGCCCCUGCAGCCCCGUGCACCACCACGAGGGCCACGCCAAGCUGGCCAGCAGCCCUGCGCGCGCGAGCCCCGUGAGGCUGGGGCCAUCGUAUGUGCUCAAGAAAGCCCAGGUGCCGAGCGCCGGCAGCCGGCGGCGGAAGGAGCAGCGCUACCGCAGCGUCAUCUCCGACAUCUUCGACGGCUCCAUCCUCAGCCUCGUGCAGUGUCUCACCUGUGACCGGGUAUCCACUACGGUAGAGACAUUCCAGGACCUGUCACUGCCCAUUCCUGGCAAGGAGGACCUGGCCAAGCUCCACUCGGCCAUCUACCAGAACGUGCCAGCCAAGUCAGGUGCCUGCGGGGACAGCUACGCCGCCCAGGGCUGGCUUGCCUUCAUCGUGGAGUAUAUUCGAAGGUUCGUGGUAUCCUGUACCCCCAGCUGGUUUUGGGGGCCAGUCGUCACCCUGGAAGACUGCCUCGCCGCCUUCUUCGCUGCUGAUGAGCUGAAGGGCGACAACAUGUAUAGCUGUGAACGGUGUAAAAAGCUGCGGAAUGGCGUGAAGUACUGUAAGGUCCUGCGGCUGCCGGAGAUCCUGUGCAUUCAUUUGAAACGCUUUCGGCAUGAGGUGAUGUAUUCGUUCAAAAUCAGCAGCCACGUGUCCUUCCCCCUUGAGGGACUUGACCUGCGCCCCUUCCUCGCCAAGGAGUGCACGUCCCAGAUCUCCACCUACGACCUCCUCUCGGUCAUCUGCCACCACGGCACGGCAGGCAGUGGCCACUACAUCGCCUACUGCCAGAACGUGAUCAACGGGCAGUGGUAUGAGUUCGAUGACCAGUAUGUCACCAAGGUCCACGAGACGGUGGUGCAGAGUGCUGAGGCCUAUGUCCUCUUCUACAGGAAGAGCAGCGAGGAGGCGGUGCGGGAGCGGCAGCAGGUGGUGUCGCUGGCCGCCAAGCGGGAGACCAGCCUGCUGAGGUUCUACGUGUCCCGAGAAUGGCUCAACAAGUUCAACACCUUUGCCGAGCCGGGGCCCAUCACCAACUACACCUUCCUGUGCUCCCACGGAGGCAUCCCGCCCAACAAGUACCAUUACAUCGACGACCUGGUGGUGAUCCUGCCGCAGGACGUCUGGGAGUACCUGUACAACAGGUUUGGGGGCGGCCCCGCCGUGAACCAUCUGUACGUGUGCUCCAUCUGCCAGGUGGAGAUCGAGGCGCUGGCCAAGCGCAGGCGGGUCGAGAUCGACACCUUCAUCAAGCUGAACAAGGCCUUCCAGGCCGAGGAGUCCCCCGGCGUCAUCUACUGCAUCAGCAUGCAGUGGUUCCGCGAGUGGGAGGCCUUUGUCAAGGGCAAGGACAGCGAGCCCCCUGGGCCCAUUGACAACAGCAGGAUCGCACAGCUCAAAGGAAGCGGCCACGUCCAGCUGAGGCAGGGUGCCGACUACGGGCAGAUUUCGGAGGAGACCUGGGCCUACCUGCACCACCUGUACGGCGGCGGCCCCGAGAUCGCCAUCCGGCAGAGUGUGGCCCAGCUCCAGGCCCCGGAGAGCUUACACGGGGAGCAGAAAAUCGAAGCCGAGACCCGCGCCGUGUGACUUGGCGGCCAGUCUGCCCCGCCUCUGCCCUCCUCCCUGUGGAGGGUGUGUUUUGUGCCCGGAAGCGCGGCCAGCGCUUUGGGAGCCCAGCCGUGUGAAGAGGCAGAGAGGCCGUUGGGUUCGCAGUGAGUAAGGCUGGAACUAGCAAACACGCCCACCCCGGGCUGCUCUGAGCGGCCGGAGCUCUGCGGCGUUAACUCGGGGCUUCGUCCUGGCAGUGCCCAUGUCACUGCCGUCGGCGUCAUGUCCCCCGGCCCGCCCUCUUGCUGGCUCAGGCCCAGCUGUCGUCCCUGGAGCUCUGGGUUGGUCUGUGGCCUUGGGACAGGCAUCUGCCACUGGGCGCCUGGGCCAGCAUGCACUGCGGGACCCACAGGUAGUACUGAGGCUGACGAGCAGACUGCUGAGCGCCCGGACGGCGAUGCUGCUUGUCACGAGCCACUUCCUCCCGAGGCCCCACUAAACCCCUGUCCCCCCCGCACCUCCCGCCGUUGUCACAGAAAGGCUCCCGAAUCCCGCGCUGCUCUCAGAGGUUUUCCUGCGGACUAAGGACUCAUUGGAGACUGGGACUCAGAGCGCGUGGCGGGUGGUUGGUUUCUGGAGGCAGCUGGUCCCCUCUCACCGUGUGCUACUGAGCCGGCCCCGUGGAUUGGCUGUGACUUGUCCCCACUAGGGGACUGGAUGAUGAAACAAAUACCUCGCGUCGCUGUCCUUCACUGCUCAUGCAGCUUCCCGGGCCUGGUUAGGGAACAGCCCUUCCCUUCCUCCCUAACACUGUCCCCCCGUGCCGGGAACCUGGCUCUGGGAGGUGUGGCCGCUGUCACACGGAGGUCUUGGAAGCCUUUGUCUUCCGGAUGCUGAGCACGGCCACUGCUGGGGCGCUGGGACCAGUGGCACCGAAGGCCCAGGACGAAACAGCUGGGGCGAGAUGCUCCCCUUGUCAGGGCCGAAGCAGAUGUGGGGGUUGGGGAGGGGUGCUGGGACAAAAGCCCCCAAAUACUGUGGCCUUCAGGCUCCGUGGGAGCAGACGCCGUGGGAGUUCCAGCAGGCGGUUCUGGCAGAACCCCUGAAGCCCUUGCAACGUGUCGCUCACGUCUGCGAUCUCACUCGGCCCGGAUCCGACUCCUUCCCCACGGAGGCAGCAGGCGGGCAAAGGACAAGCCAAGAACGCGCCGCUGCUGGAAUCUGUUGACGUUUGCUGGUCUUUUGAACGUCGCUGCUGCAGCCAGUGGCAACCCUGCUGCAGAGCCUGGCGGCCACACGCCACCCUGCAGUGACACAGACAGCCGCUGUGCAGCUGAAACCUCGCCCCACGUUCGCACGGUCCAGUCUGUGAGCAGGAUGUCAUAAUAAAACCGUACGCGUCCCCUA